CAAGAGAAACACUUGAGAAAGUCCUUAAAGCGUGUGACCAUCUAUGUAAAUGCUGGUGAGUUCCAAGGGCAAAAUGUCUCCUUGUUAGAUCUUCUCUUCUCUAAACACAUCCCCCAAGAGAAGAGGCAGGAGCUCCUGGCGUUGUAUAGAACAAGGGUUUUAAGCAUUGAUCAGAUGAUACCCAUCAUCACUAGCAUCAUAACAACAACAGAAGAGAUAACUUCGCAGGAAGCUGUAGCUGCCCAUUCUCCACAAGAUACACAACUGGACAACAUCUUAAAAGCUACAACCAUAGAUGGACCUGUCAGUGAGUUCCAAGGGCGAAAGGUCUCGGUGUGGGACCUGCUCUUCUCUAGCUACAUCCCUGAAGAGAAGAGGCAGGAGCUCCUGGAACUGUACAGAGCUGGGAUAUUAACCACGGACCAGGUGAUAACCGUGGUCACCACCCUCAUUAAGAAAAAAGAAGCUACAAGCAGGAAAUUUGUGAUUAAUGUGAAAACUCCCAGCAAAGACACGAUGACCUUAGAGAAAGCUGAGGACGUUGACUUACAUGAAGAUAAAAAACUGGAAAAGGCCUUAAAGUCUACCCUGGUGGAGAUGCCGGGGGGCGAGUUCCAUGGGCGAAAGGUCUCGGUGUGGGACCUGCUCUUCUCUAGCUACAUCCCCGAAGAGAAGAGGCAGGAGCUCCUGGAGCUGUACAGAGCUGGGAUAUUAACCAUGGACCAGGUGAUAACCGUGGUCACCACCAUCGUAACCAAAAUAGGAGCAACAAGGAGAAAACUAGCAACAAAUGAAAUGGCCUUAAAGUCCACGACAGUCGACGGGCCGAGGGGCGAGUUCCAAGGGCCAAAGGUCUCUGUGUGGGAUCUGCUCUUCUCCAAAUACGUCCCUAAGGAAACAAGACAAGAGCUUCUAGAGAAACACAGAGCAGGGACGCUCACCACUGAGAAAAUGAUAACCAGCCUCACCACCAGUGCCUCACACGCUCUGGAGGAGGGUCUCUCUCCAGAUAACCAACAAAUACUGAAUCUCCUACAGUCUGAAUCCUAUGUGACAGUUGGCCAGUUCCAGGACCAAAGGGUUUCUGUCUGGGAACUUCUCUCCUCUAAAUGUGUCUCCCAGUACAAUCGGGAGGUGCACUUGGAUACAUACAAUGCAGGGAGGUUAGCUGUUAAUGAGAUUACAAUCACCACCACCGUCAUUACAGGAUCAGAGG